AUGCACGGCGAUCUCAGUCUGCUUUUCCUAUGCCUGGCUCCGUUUCUUGUACUAGCGAGCCCGUCAGGCAAGCUCAUGUCUCGGUUCAUCCCUCAACAUCCUCCCAAACACUACAGCUGGCCGCUCGCACCACGCAUCACGAUCAUCAGCAUGUUCACCCCAGAAGAGGGCGCGUGGCUCGUGCCCCUCGACCUGAAGUACAAUAUCUCCGUUCCCGGACUAUCCAUGCUAUAUCCGCAUGUCCACUGCGAUGAUAAAGGCUGGAUCUGUCAGAUGACGACAGGCGAGAGUGAGAUCAACGCCGCGGCAUCCACCACUGCACUCUUCUUCUCCCCUUAUUUCGAUUUCACGAGCACGUACUUCAUGAUCGUCGGCAUCGCGGGCGGUAAUCCGUACUAUACGACAACUGGGAGCGCAGCCAACUGGACCACAGGCUAUUUCGGCUUCGGCACUACCGCGCCAGAUAUGUACCCUGGCAUGUCCAACUGGUAUGGUACCGAAGUGUUCGAACUCAACACCAACUUGCUGGCGAGGGUGAUGGAUGUGGUCAAGGAUGUCAAAUUGAAUGACACAGCGGACGCGGCGGCAUUCGCCCCGGCUAACCUCCCCCCGACGAUCGUGCAAUGUGAUGUCGCCACUAGUGAUGUGUGGUUCUCUGGUGCGAUGCUGAGCGAAGCGAUGGGGAAUAUUACGGAGAUCUGGACUAACGGUACCGGCAAGUAUUGCACGACCGCUGAAGAAGAUAAUGCGACUCUUGAAUCUGCAGUCCGAGCCCACCUUGCAGGGAUGGUUGACUACAGCCGGUUCAUCCUCCUCCGCACGGUAUCCGACUUUGAUCGCCAACCACCCAAUGUAACUGCGUACGACUCUCUCACUGGGCCCCAGGGAGGGUUCGAGGUGGCAAUCACGAACAUCUUUUCUUGCGCGUUUCGUGGCUGUCGCCUGGAGCUUGGAUCGAUCUGA